CUGUGCUGAGCUCUCGCAGUCAGAACAGCCGCUGUUGUGGAGCGGUUAGCAACUCUUUCUGUUGUGCCGGAACUGGAGGUCAGCAUGGAGAAGCAGCAGGAAGCACAGCCAGACUCCUUAACGACCGUCACGGUGAAGGAAUACCCGCCCUCGGAAGUUUACAGCUCCGAGCCGCCCCCUGCCUACCAGAAGCCCCGCUCCACAGCCGUUCAGAUCGCCAGAAUCGCCGCCGUCACCGUGGUGCUCGUCAGUUUCGUGCUUGGGUCUUUCAUACUGGCCGCCGCCUGGAUCGAAGCCAGUGCCUCCUGUCAGCAACUGAUGCAACUGCAGGCCCUCGCAGUAGCCCAGGAUGAAGCUGCAGCAGCUGGAAGUCAUGAGAACCAGCCAAUGUACCAGCAUCUGGUGGACAACAAAGCUGAGAACAGUAUUGAAGAGGAAGACGAAGACAAACAGGAAGACAAGGACGUGCCACAUCAGCAGUCACAAACACAGACACAGCAGCCUGAGGUUGAACACACUGUGUCACCAAACCACACACCGAUACAGAUCAGAUUGCCACUGCAGUUGGACUUCGAUGAUCUGGCUGGCGCAAUGGUAGAAAAGAAUCAGAGAUCUAGGAUGAAUUGUGUAGUGGAAAAACGUCGUGCAGAGGAAAUUGUUGACCACCAGCCCCACACUAUUCGAUUGCCUUUUGGUGUGAAUGUGACAACAGAUCCACGAUAUGAGCAUCUCUCUGGAGAGAAAAUGGCAAUUUAUUGUGAAAGUGGCAAGGACCAGCGUCAUAUGCCGAUGGAAAUGAUGGCUACACCAAUUGUGGUUCCCUUACCUGGCCCUGUACACCUCCCUCUUCAGUUCCAUGGUCCCAUGCAACAAGCUCAUCAGAACAGAAUUCCAGUUUCAGUUAAUCACGCUGCUCAGCCUGCAGUUGGGCUUGUUCCCCCACCACCCAAUCACGUUCAGCAAGUGCCUCUUCCUGUUGCCUUACCCAUGCACCACAUGCAGCUGCACCCCAGUCAGGUCCAUGCUGCUGUCCAGGUCGCAGAGUCUCGUGAGGAACGUCCAUCCUCCCAACACCAAAUCCCCAUUCGGGUAGAAACUCAUGAGGGACGGGUCAUGCAUCACAUUCCCAUCCAAAUUGAAGCCCGUGAAGGUAAGACAUUCCAACAGAUCCCAAUUAAGGUGACUGCUCGUGAAGGCAGAGCAUUUUCACGCCUGCCCAUGCCAAUCCAUGUAGAGACACAUGAAGGCCGAGCAUUACCCCACCCACCUGUUCCAAUCCAGGUAGAGACCCAUGAAGGCCGAGCAUUCCAGCCAAUCCAGGCUGAGGGACAUGAAGCUAGGGCCUUCCAGCCCCAACACAUCCCUCUUCAUGCAUAUAUGGGUGAAUCCCAAGGUUUCAACCCUGAUGCUGCUGCUGCAGCUGCAGCAGCUAUGCACGCAGCUGAGGGUCGUGUCUUCCAACACCAAUCCCCAACCCCAGAAAUGGUGAACCACCAACAGGUUCCAGUUGAUGUUCCUGAUCUCAUGAUGCAGCAGAUGGAGGAGCAGCCACAGCCUCGUCCACACUAUGUCCAGCCCAGGUCUGUGAGAAGUGUGGAUGAAGUUCUUCAUCGUCGUGACAAGAGAGUGCGCCGUUGUGCUUGUGAUUGUGCCUGUUAAUACAAAUACUUGGCACAUACCAGUCUGCUCUGAUAGGCAAUGUCAUUUAGCAGAAAUAUAUCAUCAUUUACAAGAAGGAAAACAGUCCUGACGAAACUUGAUAUAACAAUUCAGUAAAUAAACUUGGUUCAAAAUCCAUAAUAUUCCAUUUCUCCUUUUCUUGUAAAUGUGUAUAAUGCAACUGAUGACCAUAUUUUAAAGAAUUAAUAUUUCUUUUUUCAAGCCUUGUAGAAACAUAGUCUCAAGUUUUAAUUUUACCAAUAAGAACAUUUAUCAAAUAUCUGCUUCUACUUUAAGAAAGCUCUCCAGUUUCAGCUGUAAAUAUUAGUGUUUUUUAAUAAAUUACAUACAUAUAUGGCAACAGAAUUCUAUCCUCAAUGUUACCUUAUGUGCCUCUUUAAAAAAGCUUUUAUUUCAAAAGAACAGAAAUGUCAUGCAUCAGAAAUCAUUUUAAUUUAAAUUCUGAUUUGUAAUCAUGUCACCAGAUCUAUCGCUUUUAGUUCAAACAUUUUAUUUUUGUAUGUCAUGAUGUAUGAUUUAGCAAAAUGCAAGGCAAAUUAAGUUAUGAUUAUGUACAGUGUAAUAUUUUAACUGUUAUAUUUUUUACAAUAGAAUUUAUGUCUGUGAAGUGUAUUUUCCUCACAGUUUAUUAGCUUUGUUAAUAACAUAUUUGUAUCUGUUGUAAAUGAACAUGAAAACCAAUGAGGGAUACAAACGACUGAAAAAUAGACUGUGAAACUCUGUAUACCCUAAACGUGAAUUCUCAGUUAUAAUAAGUGAGUCAAAUUGAAGUACAUCAUUUGGUCUGCUUCUUUUUAUUCAUAUUUUCCUCUGUUACAAGCAGUUUUAUUAAAAUUACAUUCAUUUAAUCCAUUAUAUUUUCAGAUCCAAAAUAUGUUUUUCAAAUAACAGGCUUGAGUUAAGUACAUUCAUCUUCUUUUGUUCAACAUACAAAUAAUACCUACCAUAUAUAAACUUUAAAACAACAUUGUAUCUGAUGAAACUGAUUCAGACAUUAGUUUUUAUAGACUGUAAAAAAUAUACAAAAUACAGUGGCUUAUACUUC